CUAUGAACCAGAUUGCUCCAAGUAAUUGUGAACAUCAAUACCGAGGGAGGUCCUUGGAAGUUUCGUCUCCGCCGUCCCCGGCGCCAGUGACUUCGGCCAACGGCCGGCGGGGACACCGGAGGAACACCUCCUUCCGCCGCCCCGUCGCCGGCGCCAGUGACUUCGGCCAACUGCCGGCGGGGACACCGGAGGAACACCUUCCGCCGCAUUGGCACAGGUAGACGACACACGACAGGUACGGUAGCCUUUCAUGGGCCACAACCACAAAACUGACAAGAACCUGUCAGUCCUUAAUAUAGCCAGCACAUCAGCUUAUCACUACCUUAAUUUAGCCAAGUCGAGCAGCAUAUACGGAAAUCUCCAAAAAGAAAAACGAGACGGCAACAAAAGACAAGAAAGAGAGCGCCCGACAUGGCUUCCAGAGCGUCCUUCGCCGGCGUCCGCGCCGUGCUCUCCGUCUUCCUCGUCGCGGCGGCGUCCGCAGGCCCCGCGCCGGCGCCCACGGCCGCUCCGUCGAGCAAGUACUCCGUCGAGGAGGCGUGCAAGCAGGCCGCGGGGCACCACGACCUGUGCGUGGCGACGCUGUCCGCGGACCCGUCGACCAAGACGGCCAACACGGCGGGGCUGGCCCGGGUGGCCAUCCAGGCGGCGCAGCGGAACGCGUCGGAGACGGCCACCUACCUCUCCAGCAUCUACGACGACGACAGCCUCGAGAGCAAGACGGCGCAGCUGCAGCAGUGCCUCGAGGACUGCGGCGAGAGGUACGAGUCGGCGGUGGAGCAGCUGUCGGACGCGACGUCGGCGGUGGACUCUGGGGCGUUCAGCGAGUCGGAGGCGCUGGUGGCGGCGAGCCAGGCGGAGGUGAAGCUGUGCCAGAGGGGGUGCCAGGCCGUGCCGGACCAGCGCAACAUCCUCACGGCGCGCAACCGGGAGGUCGACCAGCUCUGCAGCAUCGCGCUCGCCAUCACCAAGCUCAUCCGCGGGCCACCAUCGUGAUAGAUCGGGGGCCUCAUCAACGUUGAUCGAUCUACUCAGCUCAGCUCUCGAUCGUGGCAGCUAGUUUAAUUUUGUAAAACAACCAAGCCGCACGUACCCUUGGAUGAACUUCCAUUGUAAUCAGAUUGGGUAGU